GCCCCGCCCCUUCCGGGCCUCGCUGGGGCCUGCGCCCGGGUGCUCUCGCAGUGGGCGAGCGGCUGCGGCGGAGAUGAGUGCCUCGCUGCGGCCCAUCGAACGGCUGUCCGGCCGGGUGGUGCGCGUCCUGGGCUGUAACCCGGGGCCCAUGACCCUGCAGGGCACCAACACCUACUUGGUGGGGACCGGCCCCAGGAGAAUCCUCAUUGACACUGGAGAACCUGCAGUUCCAGAAUAUAUCAGCUGUUUAAAGCAGGCUCUGACUGAAUUUAACACAGCAAUCCAGGAAAUCAUAGUGACUCAUUGGCACCGUGAUCAUACUGGAGGCAUAAGAGAUAUCUGUAAAAGCAUCAGUAAUGACACUGUAUAUUGCAUUAAAAAACUGCCACGGAAUCCUCAUAAAGAAGAAAUUAUAGGAGAUGGAGAGCAGCAAUAUGUUUAUCUGAAAGAUGGAGAUGUGAUUAAGACUGAGGGUGCCACUCUCAGAGUUAUAUACACACCUGGCCACACUGAUGAUCACAUGGCUUUACUUUUAGAAGAGGAAAAUGCUGUCUUUUCUGGAGAUUGCAUCCUAGGGGAAGGAACAACUGUAUUUGAAGACCUCUAUGAUUAUAUGAACUCCCUAAGAGAGUUAUUGAAAAUCAAAGCUGAUAUUAUAUAUCCAGGACAUGGCCCAGUAAUCCAUAAUGCUGAAGCUAAAAUUCUACAAUACAUUUCUCACAGAAAUAUGCGAGAACAGCAAAUUCUUACGAUAUUUAGUGAGAACUUUCAAGAAUCAUUUACAGCAAUGGAGCUUGUAAAAAUUAUUUACAAGAAUACUCCUGAGCAUUUAUAUAAAAUGGCUGAACGUAAUCUCUUGCUUCAUUUGAAAAAAUUAGAAAAAGAAGGCAAGAUAUUUAGCAACAUGGAUCCUGACAAGAAAUGGAAAGCUAAUCUUUAGUGUCAGAUUAAUGGAUGAUUUUGUUGUUUUGUUUUUAGAGAAUGGUAUGUUUUCUUAACUAUUAAUUAUUUACAGAGAAUAUAGAGUAUAAAGCAUUGAAAAUAACCCUAGAUACACUUUAAAAUGAUGUAUAUUUAUUAUAAAAUAUAUAAAUCACAUUUCACAUUUAUCAUACAGGUUAUUUAUUUAACCUAGGUCUUACAACAUUUUACCAAAAAUUCAGAAUCCAGCAUUGUAUCCAGUUUCAAUAGAUUAUGUAAAAUGGUUACAUUAAAAAUAGUAAAAUUUAUGUAAUUUAAAGUGGAUAUUAUUCUUGGAGAUUAGUUAUCUAUUACCAUUGGCCCAUGUACUAUUUUCUCUAGCUGCUUCAGUUAGCAGCACAGACUUCUAUGUAAUCCUUCCUUUUCUACAACCUUUGUCUACAUCUGUAGAUAAGAGCUUUGUUUUCAUGUUUCUAUCAAUUAUGUCAUGAUUAUGUAUUAAUUCUAAAGCUCUGUAUCACGUGUAUUUUCUUAUAAUGAUAUCCCACAAAUGAUUUAUGCACAUCAAUUUUUGCUAAUCAAAAAGUAUUAAAUUCCCAGUUAAAGGCAUUAUAGAAUAAAUAAUUAUUUCUGUAA